UCCGCGUCCUUAAGACGAGGCACCUUUUGGCGCCUGCGAGCGCGUGACCGCACCGGGACGGUGAGGCGAGUAGCUGGAAGCACGCAUUGCUUAACGCACACCGAUGAAGAACAAGCCCACGCGUUUAUGUUGGAAUUAACCGUCGUUGUUUGCGGGAGAAACUUCGAAACCUAAACUUUUCCUUUUACUUUUCGAUUUGGCAGCUGAGUGUGUGUCGCUUCUGAGAAUACAAAAUUGAAUAUACAGCAAAGCGACAUUCAUCAUUGCGGUUCCGACGGAUCUCGUAUGGCACAUUCUAGUAUGGGAGGCUCAGACUUGCAUCGCCACCUAUUUUGUUAACAGAGAAGCCGUGUGAAUAAACAGAGAGACGGAAGGGAUUAAUGGACUGACUGAAAUACCAACAGCGGCCGCCUCUGACUGUGAGGCGUUUUUUCGGCAGCGGGUUAUUACUUUACUCCGUUAGCAGCCGGAUCAUAAAGAUUCGCCUCGGGUUCUGUUCUGUACGCGUAACACGUCGACAAAUGGCUGGCAAGACCUGCAAGAGAAGUGUUAUCAAGACUGACUUUUCCUCAUAGUGCUGCUUAGAACCUGGACCAUAUUUUCUGCCCUGCGAUACUGCCUCAAUUUUUCAUAUGCCAUGUUACUUAAAGAAUAUCGAAUCUGCAUGCCUCUGAGUGUGGAGGAGUACAGGAUCGGUCAGCUGUAUACCAUAAGCAAACACAGUCAUGAGGAGAGCGACAAAGGGGAAGGAGUAGAGGUGGUGUCUAACGAAGCACACAUUGACCCUGUGCAUGGAGAAGGCCAGUUUACAGAGAAGAGGGUUCAUCUCUCAAGUAAACUUCCAAGCUGGGCUCGUGCUGUUGUACCUCGCUUUUUUUACAUAACUGAAAAGGCCUGGAAUUACUACCCAUACACAAUAACAGAGUACACAUGUUCUUUUUUACCUAAAUUUUCAAUACAUAUUGAAACAAAAUAUGAAAACAACUGUGGAACCAGUGACAAUAUCUUUGGCAUGGACAAAAAAGCCUGUGACAUAGAGGUGUGCUUCCUGGACAUAGCAUACGAUGAUGUCCCAGAACGGCAUUACAAAACCUCAGAGGACCUCCGGUGUUUUUCUUCAGCUAAGACAGGGCGUGGACCUCUGAAGGAGGGCUGGAGGGAAUGCAGCAAGCCUGUUAUGUGCUCAUAUAAACUGGUUGCAGUCAAAUUUGAGGUUUGGGGCCUUCAGACAAGGGUGGAACAAUUUGUUCACAAGGUAAUCAGGGAUAUCUUGUUGGUGGGACAUCGGCAGGCCUUCGCAUGGGUGGAUGAGUGGUAUGAUAUGUCUAUGGAUGAAGUAAGGGAAUAUGAGUGGAAAAUUCAGGAAGCCACCAAUGAGAAGAUUGGCUUGUUGACCCCCACCAUAACGAUUCAUGAGGUUCCUCCCUUGGUGGCCACCCGCAGCGCCCCCGCCAGUGCCCCCUCCACGCCAAUUACUGGCGACCAGCCUGAGCUCCUCAGUGUGACCAAGGACCGAGUGCGAAAGACCUCUGCACCAGAGACUCUAACCUUUUCCAUAGAUGAAGGAGCCCACCAGAUAAUAUUUACAUGUGAUUGUAGAACCUGAACUAGGCCAUUCUUACUAAUUUCCUUCGUCAGAAGUUUUGCCUCAUUGAAAGCAGCUAUAAGCUAGUGGUCAUAUCGUUGCAUUGGGUUUCUGUUCUGAAAAGUGCCACAUUUCUGCUUGACGAGAAGAUGACUUGCACUAAGACUUGGAAAGUUCAUUUUCACUGACAUGUUAUAGACUUGAAUAAAGAGAAGUAUGGUGCUCUUUAAAGGCACUGAAGCUGAUAUUGUGGUAGAUGAAUUGUCAAAGUUGGCAGGUCUGUAAAAUGGAUGUUUUUUGUCAGUUUUUGUUACUCCAAGAAAACAAUAUCACUGAAAAAGGUGCAUUUUUCAGCAUUUAAAAAACAUGAAAAAAUACUGCAUUUCAGCAUUUUCUUAAAUCUGCCCUGAAAGUUAGCAGAACUGCUACUGAUAUUAAACAAAUUUUCUCAUUCUUAAUAAAGGUUUUUUCAUGAAGUCUUAAAGGCUAGAAUUUGGCUCUCUAGCUAAGUCAGUCCAAAAGAAUGAGACUUAUGCUAGUUAAUUAAAUUCCCAGGUGUAUUUUUUAACACUUUAAAGUUGACUAAUAUUGUCAAUUUUUUAUGUACAUACAGUAUAGGAUUUAUAA